AUGUUAUCUUUUACCAAUGAGGAUGAUGAGUUAGUGACUGUGUCUAUUCAAUAUGAUUGGAAACCACAACUAUGCUGCAAGUGUAAUCAGCUGGUGCAUGCAAAGGAGGCUUGUUGUAUGGGGAUUGUGAGGCAAUGGGUCCCUAAACGUGUGGCACCUCUUCUUCUUCAGUUCCUAUUGUUGAUGAUGAUGCGCUGGGAGCUAUAUCCCAUCCUCCUAAUGCAUAACAUCCUUUCUUGGAAUAUAAAGAGGCUAAAUCUCGCUAGGAAACAGUUGGCAGUGAUUAAGUUUAUCUCUGACAAUAAUAAGCUGGGUCCUUCUUGGUGUUUAACCAAUAAUCUUUCUUAUCAUAUACAUGGUAGGAUUCUUGUGGGUUGGAACCCUGCUCAUUUGAAGGUUGAUGUUCUAUUAUGUAGUAGUCAACUCAUCUAUUUGGCUGCUACUCUUGAUCGUGGGGAUUUUAACUGCUUAGCUAAUCUCAAUGAAAGACUGGACAACCUGUCCGGUUACAUGAGAUUCAACCUCUUUGACAUUGUUUGUCUUUGUGUAGUCUGCAUGAUACGAACGGCCCGUUUGGAUGGCUCCAAAUGGGUGUUUAGUAAGAUUGAUAGAGCUUUGUGUAAUACCCUGUGGGAGGAUGUUUAUCCUCAUGCUGAGGUGUCAUUUCUACCUAAGGGAGAUUUCGAUUAUUCACCUGUUCUUCAGUUCUUCGCUCCUUCCAAAUGGAAACUUCCUUUCUGCUUUUGCAAUUUUUGGGCUGAGAAACCAACUUUCUCUGAUGUUGUUAAGGAUGUUUGGCGUACACAUGUCCCUGGCCACUUGAGCUAUCAAAUUCAGCAAAAAUUGAAUGUUUUGAAGCAUAGUCUGAGGAAACAUUUCCAUCACACACCCUUCCAGAAAACUCUCCAUCAGGUUGAAGCAGAGUUUUUUGAUAUUCAAGAGAAAACUCAUGGGGAUCCUGGUAACGCUGCUCUGGUUAAUAGGGAGAUUGAUUGUGCUCAUAGACUGAAAGUAAUUAAAUCGGAACUUGCUUCCCUGUUGCAACAAAGAGCUAAGGAGUAUUGGCUAAAGUAUAGAGAUGAUAACACUGCGUUCUUUCAUAGCAUCAAACAUAGAUCAUCCCAUAACAAGAUUAACACACUUGUGAUUGAUGGGAUUACUGUAAGUAAUCCUCUUUCUAUUAAACAACCUUUCCUGUCAUUUUACUCUGAUUUUGCAGAGGAAAUUAAAGAUGCCAUGUGGAGUAUUGAUGAUAAUAAAGCCCCUGGUAUUGAUGAUUAUAAUAGUAAGUUUUAUAAAGCUUCUUGGCAUAUUAUUGUUCCAUGUCCUUCUAGCCUAAGGGAUUAUAGACCUAUUUCUUGCUGCCAUGUGAUUUAUAAGUGUAUUUCUAAGCUUGUGUGCAUGCGCCUCAAGAAGGUGCUUGGGGGGAUCAUUAGCCAAUCACAGGGGGCUUUUGUAGCUGGGAGAAGUAUUGCUUAUAAUAUUCUUCUUUACCAGGACUUGGUUAAACACUACACUAGGAAGAGUUGUUCUCCUAGUUGCCUUAUAAAAGUGGAUCUUCGGAAAGCUUAUAACACUCUUGAUUGGAAUUUUAUACAUGACAUGCUUGUGGGUCUUAACUUUCCCUAUCAUUUCAUCAAAAUGGCUAUAACCUGCAUCUCCACCACAAGUUAUACUUUAUUGGUGAAUGGUGAGCCUUUUGAGAUUUUCCACCCUAAACGCGGCCUUCGACAAGGGGACCCUAUGUCUCCUCUCUUAUUUGUUAUAGGGAUGGAACAUUUAUCAAGAAUGUUGAAUGUUGUGAGUUCAGUUGAUUCUUUCCAUUUCCAUCCUCGAUGUAAGCGGUUGAAACUGAACUAUUUGUGUUUUGCUGAUGAUCUUUUGCUUUUUUCCAAGGGAGAAGAAGUUUCAAUCAAACUUCUUUAUCAGUGUUUGGAUAAAUUUGCUGUGUUUUCUGGUUUGUAUGCUAAUCAUCCUAAAUCAGCUAUCUAUUUAGCUGGUGUUCCCCUUCCUGGGAAAGUUCAGCUUGCUGCACGGAUGAAUCUGCCACUUGGUACGCUUCCUUUUAGAUUCUUUGGUGUGCCUUUAACAGCAAAAAAAAUCUCUGCCGCUGAUUGUGAUGUUUUGAUUGAUUAA